UAUUAACUUCAUAAUUGAAACUAACAUUAAGUUAUGUUUAUCAAACUUCCAAAAUUCUAUCAUUUAUUCUAACUUUGAACUUCCUUAUUUUUCCACUCUAUUUUUCUUUCAAUUUACACUCACGAUUUAACUAUUGCAUUACUGUAAUUUCUGACUAGUUAAAAUAUUUCUAUAUCAAUCAAUUUCUAGCUAAAUCUAUCUGAUUCCCCAUCUAAUUCUCUUGUCCUACCAAUAUUUUUUUUCCUACCCUUACCUAUCAUCACAAUUAAGUUAAAGUCAAAUUUAAAAUUCAAAAUAUCUGAAUUUCAAAUUAAAAUCCCUUACUUUCAAAUUCAAAUAUUCCAAAUUCUAGCUAUACCUAUAUGAUUCACCACCUAUUUCUACUCCUAUUAUCCCAUCAGAACUCACUUUCCCCCGCCUUACUCAUUGUUCUAUUUGUAAUUAAAAUUAUAAUUUUGAAAUUUGAAUAAUAAUAUCAAAUUCACUUUUUAACCUCAAAUUCCACUUCCAGUUGUUCCAUUUCUCGGUGGAAAAUUAGAUAGGUGAGGACGUCAGUUGCGUUCCAAAACAUUCUGACGAAAUGUCAGAUCAACGAACGAACAAAGAGAAUAAUCCAAUCCAUCACAAUAAAUAAAAUCAGAAAGUAUUUCCUGAAUUUCGAGGAGAUUAUUAUUGAGCUCCGAUUCCAGUUGCAAUAAAAUUAGCGGACAGCAAGUACCGACAUUGGAAGAAAUUACAUCCGGCAUACUUCUCGUAAAUGAUUAUGAGGGACCUGUAAAUAUCAAUGAAACUUCCCCCUCUACCUGCAAUUUUCCAGCCAACACCACGAGAGAAGCAGUACAAAGAGAUACUUUCAUUGGAGUCAAUCAAAGAACUUCAUAUUAACAAUUUCCACGAGAUUGAGCUAAUGAAAACCGAAAAUAAGAUCGUCAAACUUACCAACUGCGGUUUCGCCAUGGUUAUAAUUAUCAUCGUGAUCGUCUUCCUAAUUAACAAAUUCCUGGGGGGAAAUCGAUCAACAAUCAGUAUCACGCAAAGCACAGAAACCGAUAAGAUGCGACAUCAACAUCCGGCAACCAUCAGUAUCCCGCCACCUUCGAGUACGCCAAAAAUCUACAGUAGUCCAUUCUUUUGAUCCUGAUGAGGACAUCAGGAAGCUAGAGGGGGAAGAGUUAACGUCAGCAUAUUAACUUCAGCAUAGACAUCGAUAUCGACCGGAAAGACAACACGCGCGGUAUCACCUGAGUCAGCGGUCAUCGAUACAGGUGAAAUCAAAACAAAUGCAUAAUUGGCAAAUUGCAAUAAUUCGUGCUACUUUUCAUGUUUAGUAGUAAGAAUUCGGUAGUUAGUCUUUAGCAGUAUAUUGUAGAUUACACAUCUCGAAUAAUAAUUAAAUUUUUUUUAA